AUGAAAACAGAGAGCGACGAGGGGUCUCACCCGAGCCCCCGGGGGCAGCUGUCGCCUCUCAACAUCUUCCGCUUCCCCUGUCUGCCCCUCAACCCCAUCUAUCUCGCUGCACGAACUCACCAACUUCUCACCGCCAACGACCGCGAUCACGUCCCCUACAUCCCCGACAUCUCCAGCUCCUACAGCUUCACCGAGACGCCGGGAUCGUCCAGCACCAGGACAGAGAGGACCCCCCACCCCCACCCCCACCAGCUUCCCGGCCUGGGUCUGCACGAGGAGUCCAAUGACACAUUCGCUUACAUGCCCACUGGCUACAGUCCAUACACUGACUAUGUGGCCUCCCAACAGAGGCCAAUCACGAGAGGAGAACCGCCUGAAGACGCUGUUAUGUUUAAAACUGAGGCCACCGACUCCUAUGGGCUUGAGUCAGGUCUGGGCUCCAGCUUCCUCAACCAAGACGAUACCAUGCCCUCCACCUCCUCAGCCCCUGUGACCUGGUACCAGCCGGUUACUUAUUUCGGCUACCAAGGUGGGACCAAAGGACUACCAGACAACUAUGCCCAAGGCUACCCUCAAUACCCGGGCUUGUUAAGGCAAGAAAAUGGGAGAGGCCACUUUACCUCUGGACUGAGUCUUCAGAAGCUGUGUCUGAUCUGCGGUGAUGAAGCCUCGGGAUGUCACUACGGAGUCCUUACAUGUGGAAGUUGUAAGGUUUUCUUCAAAAGAGCUGUUGAAGGACAGCAUAAAUAUUUAUGUGCUGGAAGGAAUGACUGCAUUAUUGACAAAAUUCGGAGGAAGAACUGUCCAGCCUGUCGUCUCAGGAAGUGCUAUCAAGCUGGUAUGGUGUUGGGAGCACGAAAAUUGAGGAAAUUCAGUAAACUAAAACACAUCGGAAACAACCAGUCAACUCUGCAGCCAGACAUGACUCUGAAUAUGAAUCCACUUGCUGCACCAAAGAUCACGGUUCCUUCAGCUCGAGGGAUCCAGUUCACACCGGCACUCAUUUCCAUUUUACACGUUAUAGAACCAGAAGUUAUUUUCGCAGGUUAUGAUAACACUCAGCCUGACUCACCUAACUACCUGCUAACCAGUCUGAACAGGCUGUGCGAGAAACAACUAGUCUCUGUUGUGAAAUGGGCCAAGUCCGUACCAGGAUUUCGGAAUUUGCACAUAGAUGAUCAAAUGACCCUCAUUCAGUAUUCCUGGAUGGGCCUGAUGGUAUUUGCAAUGGGGUGGCGGUCAUACAAACAUGUCAAAGGCAAAAUGCUGUACUUCGCUCCAGAUCUGAUAUUUAAUGAGCAGCGGAUGCAGAAAUCUGCGAUGUAUGAUCUGUGCAUAGCAAUGCGGCAGAUCUCUCAAGAAUUCAUUCAUCUUCAAGUGACCCAGGAGGAAUAUCUGUGCAUGAAAACCUUAAUACUUCUUAAUACAAUUCCCCUGGAAGGCCUCAAGAGCCAACCUUACUUUGAAGAGAUGCGGAGAGACUACAUUAGAGAGCUGAGUAGAGCUAUCAGCUUACAGGAGAAAGGGGCACUGGGCAGCCCCCAGCGUCUUUACCAGCUCACCAAACUCAUGGACUCCAUGCAUGAACUGGUCAAGAAGCUGCAACAGUUCUGCUUGAACACUUUUGUUCAGUCCCAGGCACUGAGUGUAGAGUUCCCAGAGAUGAUGUCGGAGAUAAUCACCACACAGUUACCCAAGAUCCUCGCCGGCCUGGUGAAACCCCUGCUCUUUCACAAAAAGUGAUUAACUUUCUCUUUUCAUUGUGCCUGAUUACCUUGAUUUACAGGCAGCAUUUUUUUGCAUUAUGCAAGUUGACAGCUUUACUCUAUUUUUGUGACCAUGACAGUACCGCGAAUGAAGAUUCCUUUUGAAUUUAUUACAAACAAAAAUUAGCAAUGCUGUUUGGCAUACAGUUAUAGUGGAAGUUCAUUGCAAUAGCCGCACUAUCUAUAUGUUUUAUAAGCAAUGAAAUGUGAAUUCAGUCUUGUUUGGUUAAUGUGUAACUUUCAGAUCAAAAAGAUUUUGUAUCUUUUGGUACUUUAUGGUAUUUUGUAACUUUCAAGUUGUGUAAAGUUUCUGCACCCGCUAUAAUAUUGAAAUGCAAAUGCUUUGUUCAUCAGUUCUAAAGCUGCAAAAACCCCAUCCCCCCAAAAAAAAUCUUCAUUCAUCAUGUUCUACGUACCAUGAUUGUUGCAAAUCAUGUAACUGACGAUCAGAGGAAGAACAGUACUUUGAAAUGGCUUUUCAAUUGGAGUUUGUGACCUCUUAUAAAGUCAUAUCAGAAAAACAGCCCCAGUUUCUUCAGUUCUUUCUUUUUUGCUGAAGCCAAUAGUUUGAGUGGGUGCUACAUCACGAGUAGAGAGAGUAAGCCUUCAAAAAUUAAUGCAGUACAUGUUUUGUCUUGAGCUAGUCAAUGUUUCUUUAGUUUGAAGGGUUUGGAGGUGCUUAGUGGUGUCAUUUGGUUUUAAAUUCCGAGUUACUGUUGGAAUUCUUCACCUGCCAGCACAGUCAUACCAUUGCUAUCUCUCAUUAAAUGGUGAAAUCUUCACUUUGACAAUAUGGGUCAAUUUGGAAAAAACUGCGACAGAUGAGACAAAAUGGCUGAAUCUAAUUUGGUAUUAUUUUUAAAACACAUAAAAAAGUUCUGUCGGACCUCUAUGAAUCACCAUCAUUGUAUUACUGUAUCUUUCACCUGCCUUUGGGAUCAGGGACACUUUCCAAUUUUAUAUUUGUGGGGUUUUUACCUAUUAUUCACUGCUUUCAAGGGACCAAACAUGAAAAUUAGAGGCUUGGAGGGGUAUGGGGAUAGGGCAGGGCAAUGGGAUUUAAAGUAUAGAUGGCUCUGAGAGCUGGUUAAGUCUCAAUAAGCCAAAUGCUCUCCAUCUCUGCUUUAAAUUUCUAUGAUUCUAAUUUGGGAGGAGUCCAUGCUGAUGCCUAUUAUUUAUAUGUGGUUUGUCGGUAGAGCUUGGGAUAGCUGAGCUGAAUAUUUCUUUUCUUAUUCAAUAUGUUUGUUUGUUUCUGGAAAUUUAAUAGCUUAUGUGCUGGACAGGUCAAUCUAUUGUUUCAUAACAGAGGGUAUUUCAACUGUUGGCAUUAGCUAGCUGGCAGAUGGU